AUGUCAGACCUAGAAGAUAUCGACCCUUUUUCAGAUUCUCUUCAUUUUUCAGGCACUCUUCCUUAUUCUAUAAAUGAUUCUGACGAUAGUUUUGAAAAGGAGGAAGAACAACAGCUUAUUUCAAUAAACUUGAACUACCAGCCAGAGAUUAAAACACAAUUUUGCUGUCAAAUUGACAGGGACAUUCACCAAGGCGAUUUUACCAUUCGAAUUACUAGUGCACAAAAGACAACUGAUAACAAUGGGAGCUCUUUUAUUACAUAUACUAUAAAAGCUGGGGAUCAAGAAGUUAGGAGGCGUUAUUCGGAAUUCGAAUCAUUGAGGAAAUCAUUAAUGCGUUUGUACCCAACCUUAAUCGUUCCGCCAAUUCCGGAAAAGCAUUCAAUCGCUGAUUAUGCGACCAUGCAAAGCAAGGCCAAAGAGGAUAUCACAAUGAUUGAGAAACGCAAAAGAAUGCUACAGAGCUUCUUAAACCGCGUAUCAAAACACCCACAGUUGUCGGGAGAACAUAUAUUUCACAAGUUUAUGGAAACAAAUGUUUCCUGGAAUGAAGUACUUCACUCAUAUCCACUCUCUACUCUUCCAAAAAACAUUCUUCAAGCAUCACCAGCAAAUCUUUCAUCUCCAUCUAAUGUUUCCCCUAUAAAUUCGUCUGCCCCUCCAACACUCCUUACUCCAAGUGCAUCACAACAAUUGAAGAACCCUGAUCCCAAGUUUUUUGAAUCCGAAGAUUUUACAAAAAAAUUUUCACAUCACAUUGGUCAAAAUAUGGAAAAGACGAAUAAAAGGAUUUGGAAACGUUUGGGUGAUUUUUCCAACGAUUAUGCUGAAUUAGGGGCAAUUUACAACGGUUUUAGUUUAAAUGAAAGUGGCGACUUAGCAAAUGCCAUUGAAAAAGUAGGACAAGCUACUGCAGCACUUGAAGCCGAAUUCACCGAACCAUUACAAGAGUAUUCCCAAUUCGCGUCAGUGAUCAAGCAAGUUUUAAAUUAUAGACACAUGAAACAUUUGCAAAUGGAGCUUAUUGCUGACACGCUUGAGAAACAAAAAGUUGCACUUGAUGGGUUAGAAAAAUCUGAAGUUGAAGCUAAAAGAAUAGAAGAAGUUUUGAGUAAUGAACAUGUCAAUCCAGCCUCGAUAUUUCAAACAAAUGAAGAUAACUCCGAAAAUGACCAUUAUGAAGAACUAUUCCAAAAUGGCGAUGUUUUACCACCUACUGGAAGUGGACAUAAAAAACUCAGCGGUUCGAAGAUCUUUUCCGUAUUAAGUCAUACUAUUCAUGGCAUAAUGGACGUGGAUCCGGAAGCUGCUCGUAGAAAUAGCAUUGGCAAAACUCGUGAAUCAAUUAUUCAGUUAGAAGAAGCUUUGGAAACUACGACUGAAGAUCUAAAGAAAAUAUCUGUAUCUAUUCAAGAUGACCUUGACCGCUUUCAGCGACAAAAGGUUGUGGAUUUGAGAGAUAUGCUAAUCUCCUAUGCAAAAAAUCAUGUUAAGUGGUGUAAAGAGAAUUUAAGUAACUGGGAAGAAGCGAAGGCCGAAGUUGAAAAAGUUCAGACGUAA